CUUGAACCGAUGUUCCAGCUAAAUUUGUUAGUGAAUAAAAAAUGAACAAAAUUAUGUAUAACUGUUACGAAACAUGUGACUAUUGAUUAUGAGAUAUUAACUAUUUUUAGUUGCUAAUUAGCACCUUAUGAUGGAAAAUAAGGUGUUUUCCAAAUAUUUCACAUGUAUUUUUACUCUCUGUGAGAUCAGUGCUCAGUAUUAUAUCGAAAUGGUUUACAAAAUUCUGUUGCUUUCUUUUCUAUUGUUAAGUAUCCUUCUGGAUAUCACUUGUGCUAGAGGCGGUGGUGGAGGACACGGUGGUGGUCAUGGUGGUGGUCAUGGGGGUCACGGAUUCGGAGGUGGAGCAGGGAGAGGAUUCGGAGGAGGCCCAGGAAGAGGAUUUGGGGGUGGAAUAGGAAGAGGAUUUGGAGGAGGCCCAGGAAGAGGAUUUGGGGGUGGAAUAGGAAGAGGAUUCGGGGGAGGCCCAGGAAGAGGAUUUGGGGGUGGAAUAGGAAGAGGAUUCGGGGGUGGCAUAGGAAGAGGAUUUGGAGGAGGCGUAGGAAUAAUUCCAUUUAUUUUUCCUCGAAGAAGAGACCAACGCCCAAUUUCGAGAGGUUUUUAAAUUAAAAAUUAAUCAUUUAAGAAAAGAAAAUUUUCGAGAUUUUUAAGAAGAAAAGCUUCAAGAAAAUAAUGGAAUAAUUGUAUUUUAAUUAUGAACAAUAAUGACAAUAUUUAUCAA